UCAAAUAUGUUUACCUAUUUGUUAACUUUAAUUUUAAUUUUAAUUCUUAUACAUGUUUAUUUUCGAUAUAAUCGUGAAGGCAGACUUAUGGCGCAGAUUCCCGGACUCAAGGGGCUACCUUUCUUUGGAAAUACUUUCGAUGUUUUGAUGUCUCUCGAGGAAUUAUUCCAAAAUCUACGCAAGAUAAAUAAAGAGUACGGAGAUGUCAACAAGUUACAAUUUUUUAAUAUAAACGCAAUUAACAUUUACAAUCCAGAUGACAUUGAGAUAAUACUUUCCUCAAAUAGUUUUAUUGGGAAAAAAUUGCCAUACACCUUAUUGGCUCCCUGGCUUUCUGAAGGAUUAGUUAUGAGCAAUGGUGAGAAAUGGCGACAACGAAGAAAAUUGCUUGCAAAUGCCUUUCAUUUUAAUAUUCUUAAAAAUUUCGUACAAACUUUUGUUCACGAAUCGGAAACCUUCGUUAAUCAGUUAGAAGAUGAAAAGUGUAAAGAAAAGACGCACAUGCAACCACUGAUAUCGUGGGCGUUACAAAAGGUUAUGUGUGCAACUGCAUUUGGUAUAACAAUACAUGAUGGUUUGAAUUCCGUGACCGAUAAAUAUUUCGAUUCGGUGUUAUCAUUUUGUGACACCGCAACGUACCGAAUAACCAGACUUCUAUUGCACAUCGAUUUAAUCUUCAAUUUAACUAAAAUAGGAAAACAACAAAAGCAUGAUGUCCAAAAUUUACACGACCUUACUCAUAGGAUAAUAAGUGAAAAAAAAGAUUAUUUACGAGAGAAUAACGAAAUAAAAAAUAAUGAUUGUGAAAUUGUGGGAAAGAAAACUAGAUUAGCACUGUUAGAUUUGUUACUCAAAAAGGAACAAGAAGGGGAAAUAGAUUAUGAUGGAAUUAGAGAGGAAGUGGAUACAUUCAUGUUUGGGGGCCAUGACACGUGUGCUAUAGCGCACAGCUUUUUAAUGAUGAGCAUCGCAAACGAGCCUCGAGUACAGGAGUUAAUUUACGAAGAACAGCAAAGAAUAUUCGGGGACUCUCGUCGAACGUGUACUAUAGAAGAUUUGAGCGAGAUGAAGUAUCUGGAGUGCUGCAUAAAGGAAUCAUUGAGACUGUACCCGAGCGCGCCUGUCAUUGUCAGGCACAUUACACAAGAUGUCAUCCUCAGUGGACGCACUGUACCUAAAAACAGUUAUAUCGGCAUCCACAUUUACGAUCUGCAUAGGCGUCCGGAUGUAUAUCCUGAACCGGAGAAGUUUAUACCGGAACGCUUUCUACCGGAGAACUCCAUCAAUCGACAUCCUUACGCCUAUAUACCAUUCAGUGCCGGACCAAGAAAUUGUAUAGGUCAAAAGUUUGCUAUGCUCGAAAUGAAGACCUUCAUGUCUGCACUGAUGCGUCGCUUCCGACUUGAGCCCGUCACUAAACCAGAAGAACUGACAUACAAGCUCGACAUUUUGCUUCGUUCAACAGAACCUAUUUACGUGAGACUGUGCUCAAGAAAAUAACCCUUAAGAA